GAUAAUCCUACGUUGUAUUCGUGAGCCGUUCUACCGGUUAUCUUAUCAUUUAAAAUUGCGCCGACUUAUCAAUUGCUACUAAUCAUCAUUCUUCCCUGGCUGGCUGCUCGUGAUUCAGCAGUUCGAUUUUAUAAUACUUGCAUAAUCGAAGCUACGCACAGUUUGCCGCGAGCUAUCCUUUCGGGCGGUCUUGUGCAGCGUAGAAAACUCUCAAAAUGGUCAAGGCGGUCUGUGUCCUUCAAGGCGAGCCCAUUAAGGGGACCGUGUUUUUCGAACAAGCGGAAGGUUCCAGUUCGGUCAAGGUGACCGGAGAAGUUUCUGGCUUGCAGAAAGGUCUGCAUGGUUUCCACGUUCAUGAAUUUGGCGACAAUACCAAUGGUUGCACAAGCGCAGGCGCCCAUUUCAACCCAUUGGGAAAAGAUCAUGGUGGUCCAAGCCAUUCUGUACGUCACAUCGGAGACUUGGGAAACGUAGAAGCUGGUGCUGACGGUGUCGCGAAGGUCAACAUCACUGAUUCCAUGAUUCAGCUCAGUGGAUCACACAACAUCAUUGGACGAACUCUCGUGGUCCAUGCUGACCCUGACGACUUGGGCCAAGGUGGUCACGAGCUCUCCAAGACAACCGGUAACGCUGGCGCUCGUCUUGCCUGCGGCGUCAUUGGUAUCACGAAGUAAACGCAGUAAACCUAUAAUCUACAUUAUAUUAUGUAAUGUGAUCGGUGCGGACAAGCGAUGGGGAUCUGUUCAAGAUACAACUAUUUUCUUAUCCUUCAACUUUGAGCAUGUAGCUAUACAUACUGCGCAAGUAUCAUUCCUUGUUUUCUGCAAUAAUAAAUACACGGGAAUUAUUGGUACUUUAUGAAGCUGUAGAUAACGUGCCGAAACUGCUGUCUAUGUAUGCUGUCUAUAUGCAGAACAAAUAAAAAUUAAAUAAGG